AUAAUAAUAAUAAUAAUAAUAAUAAUUAAAAAAUAUAUAUAUAUAUAUAUAUUGUCCACAGGUGUUUUUGUUUUGCGGAAAACCUUUAAUCGGUAACACAAGACAAGACUUUCCGACGCGCUGAGUCCCAAACGACUCAUAAUUGGACAUAGUGUGCACUACAUAGGGUUCAUUAUUUGUUAACCUUAAGGUCGUCAGUAUACUCUCUGAGAUCAGAUGUCUCAUUAUAAACGACUACUUCAUGUUAGACGGUGAUAUUGCGAUAGUUCUUGGUUUUAAUUAAUUAUUGAUUAACUUAUUUAUGUGAACUCUAACAAUUAUGCAACUGGGGAUGUUUUUGCACUUCAAUACAUGAGGAGAUCUGGAAUAGCACUUGACCUGCCAAAUAACAGUAAUUGCAGAGCCUGAUAUCUGCAUCAGCAUGAGUUUGUGGCUCGUGCUGCAUCUGCACAGAUGUAUCCGGCUCGUGUCCACGCGUCAGGCCCACGAGCUCGCCUCCCUGCGCCGUGUCUCCUUGCUGCCGGAGAAGAAGCGCCUGGGGCUCCUGUAUCCGUUCAGCAGUCUGGAGGCACACCUGUCACGACAGGUAGACAAGUCACGAUUUCAGCUCUUCCAGCCUGACCUGGAAGCCCUUGAGUCGGCAGAGAGACUUUUCACUCCAUCUCCCAAACACCAGAUAGUCUACUCUUCAUCAGCUGUGCGCAUAGACCACAUGCCUGAACUCACCCAGCCAGAGGUGUGUUUCAUAGGCAGGAGCAAUGUUGGCAAGUCCUCACUCAUCCGGGCCCUGUUCUCUCUCGCAUCCGAAGUUGAAGUACGGGUUUCUAAAACACCAGGGCACACAAAAAAGCUGAAUUUCUUCACCGUGGGAAAAGCCUUCACUCUGGUCGACAUGCCUGGCUAUGGAUACAGAGCCCCAGAAGACUUUGUGGAUAUGGUCGAGCCUUACCUUCAAGAGCGAAAAAAUCUUAUGAGGACAUUCUUGUUGGUGGAUGGAGGUGCAGGACUACAGAAGUUUGAUUUGGUUGCUGUGGAGAUGUGUGAAGAGUUUUGCAUUCCCUAUGUGCUGGUGGUGACUAAGAUAGACAAAACUCGUCAGGGGGCUCUGCUGUCCCUCCUCCUGCAGAUCCAUGAUUUUAUCGAGGAUAAAACAAACACGUGUUUCCCCCAGCCCUUUCUUGUGAGUUACUGCCAAUCAGUUGUCAUCGGUGUGAUCAUCCUUCUUCUCCAACCCAUCAUUUGUUUGACAUUUCCUACAGAUGCAAAAGUCGCUUAUGCAAUGUUGCAUUUCAGUUCAUUACCUUUCUAUGCACUACUCAGGCAUCCACCUCUUCAGGUGCUUCAUAGCACACGUAACAGGAAACCUCCAGCUGAGUUCCAAACCCACCUGAGAACCAUAUAAAGAAAUAAAACACAACGACAAGAGACUGAUCUAUGCUGAUCUGAUCCAGACCUGCAAACAGCUAUGGCCUGUGUUUCAGCAGCUGGUAGCUGCUCAGACCAAGCCUGGGUCAAAGUGAAUUUUUGACUACUUGCUUUGGCAAUAUGGAAGAUACCUGCUCUCAACUGGGUAGUGAUACAAAUUCCACAAUAAGGAUAGGUUGCAUGGCUAUCGUUCCUCAGCUGAUCUGAUCACUUCAUUAGAAAACAAAUAAACGUCCUACUUUUUUAGCAAGACAAAAGCUAACCCUGUCAAUCUUUAAUUAUUUCUCCUCUGGUUGUAGCUGAUACAGUAUAUGAUGAUGAUGAUGAUGAUGAUGAUGAUCAUGAUAUAUGCUUUAGAAAACCCAUGUCAUGUCUAACCUCAUGGAUCUAACUAUGAAUUACUAUUAGAGGUUUUAUAAAGUGACUAAAGCAUGAACAUGAACAUUUUUAUUUGUACCAAACAAAUUCUACAGUCUUCAGAAUGUAGUACUCUCAGCAGAAGACAUUUGCACGAUUGGUGUAAUUGAACAUGACAUUGUGAGAUAAAUAUAUUUAAUAUUAGUGCA